AUGUCAAUUCCAACCUCCCUGCAUCAGCGAAGAAUCCAUCUUCCCAGCAUCACUCUCUCCCCUCCCUACGCUGCUUUUCUGAGUCUUGUUUGCCCGCUUCUCUGCUGCCUGUCCCUCUGGAUCCUCCGUAUUCUGUGUCAACUCUCUUGCCUUUCAUCCGCCUUCUUCGAUCGCAAUUAUGAGUGGCCAACGGUAUUACGGACAGCCAUUUCCAAAUCCGGGUCAACCGCCCUAUCCGACCGCUCUGAGCCCGCAGCCACCACCGUCGUCGCAGCAGGAGCCAGUAUGGACGUCCUGCUGUCCCUCCCACCCCUCCCGCCAAAGCACGCCAUUUCCAAGGUUCCCGCUCCAAUCAGGGUAUCCCACAGCGCUAUCAACAGCCUCAAUAUCAAACAGGGAUACCAGCCACCUCCUUCAUACGGACAGCAAACCCGCCUAUGGACAGCAACAAACACCAACCCCCAGGGCAGCAGCAGCAACCACCGUAUGGAGAUCAAAAAUAUGGAGCCCCCCCUCCACAAAACUCUUAUGGGCAGCCUCCCCCAGCAAAGCCCUUAUGGACAGCCCUACCCACAGCAACAGCCACAACCCUAUUACGGCCAACCGCCUCAACAGGGACAAUAUCCUCCUCAGUCGCCCCAUCCUCCCCAAGGGCAAGGUUACCCUCCGCAGGGAGCCUCAGGAUAUCCUCCUCAAGGCUCACCAUACCCAGGAGCGCCUCAGUAUGGAGCACCUCCAGCUCAACCACCGACCCCACAGCAGCUUGGUGCCUACAAACAAUCCCUUUUGGCCACGAUUAACGAGAAGGGUCUGCAAAAUAUGUACCCUGCUAAUUCACCAGUUCUCGACCAAAUUGUUGGCAGAAUUACCAACCAAAUCGACCAGCUCUGUACUACGUGGCGGGUUCCUCGAGAAGUUGGACAGGACAUUGUGAAACUGGCUUUGUUCGAUGUCAUCUUGUACAUUGAUGAUAGUGGCUCCAUGCAGUUCGAAGAGAAUGGAGAACGCAUCAAGGAUCUCAAGCUUAUCCUUUCUCGUGUCGCUUUCGCUGCUUCCCUGUUUGACGAUGAUGGUAUUCAAGUUCGUUUUAUGAAUUCCAAUGAGCAAGGAGACGGAAUCCGCAGUGAAGGACAGGUUGAGGCUCUGAUCCAGCGUAUCCAAUUCAAGGGCUUGACGCCGAUGGGAACAAGUUUGAGGAACAAGGUCUUGGAGCCUUUGGUUGUUGGCCCAGCCCGCGCUGGCCAGCUCAGGAAACCUGUCCUCAUCAUUACGAUCACUGACGGACAACCGGCUGGGGAACCACAAGGAGCAGUCUUUGAUGCUAUUCGUUAUGCUAGCUCCGAAUUGCAAAAGAACCCUCGCUAUGGCCGCGGCGCUGUCUCUUUCCAGUUUGCUCAGGUUGGAAACGAUCUUAAAGCGCGAGAAUUCCUCUCAAAAAUUGACGAGGAACCUGGUAUUGGCGAAUUGGUCGACUGCACGUCGAACUUCGAGGUCGAACAAGAUGAAAUGUCGCGCGCCAACCCUCCCGUUGAUUUGACACCAGAUCUUUGGCUCGCUAAAAUGAUUCUCGGAGCUAUCGAUUCCUCUUAUGAUACCCGAGACGAGAAAGCAAAUCGACCGAGCGGGCCUCCUCAAGGCGCAUAUGGCGCGCCACCCCAGGGUCAAUAUGGUGCACCUCCUCCUGGUCAGUACGGAGCUCCUCCACCACAACAAGGAUAUCCCCCAUAUCAGCAACAAGGGUAUGGCCAGCCUCAAGGAGGUUACGGUCAGCCACAGCAAGGUUAUGGUCAACCACCACAGGGCGGCUACCCGCCUCAAGGGGGAUACGGCGGCCCACCUCCACCACAGAGGUACUAA